ACGUUUUGAUCGAGCCAUCUUUAUGUCGUCUGCUAGCGGUAGGUAAUCACAAGUGGAGAAUAAAAAUUCGACUAUUUUGCAGUGUUUCCAUAUAUUUUGUGAAGAUGGCUGGUCGUCCAUCUGGUAUUAAUUAUGUUAAGCCAAGUGAACCAAGCUUUCUGACAAAAUUCAAGCAACAUGCAGGCUACAAAGAAGGUCCAAGUGUUGAAACAAAGAGAGAGAUUCCCAAAUUUGAUGAUGAUGAUGACGAGAGACCAGAAGCCGAUGACGAUAAACCAACAGUCGUCGUACUUCGUGAUGGUGACUUGACCCAAACAGAGGCAGAGGAGUUCAUGAAGGAUGUGGAUAAGAAAGAUGAAGAGACACAGCCCUCAGACGGGAAGAUUCUAUUCAAGAAGCCUGUCAAACGGUCAUCAGAGGAGGGUACUGGCUCAGAUCUGAAUGCAAGCUCCAGUAAGAAGAAAAAAGAGCAUAAGGACAAGAGGAAAGGGUCAGGAGACAGGAAGGAUGAUAGGAAGAAAGUGAAGAACGCAUCUCUGCUGUCAUUUGGUGAUGAUGAUGAUGAGGAGGAGGAAGGGACUUGAGAUGGAGAACUGUUGAUUCAUUCGAUUGUAAAAACAAAAACUGUUCAGUAAAUCUGUGUACGGUUUUACCAUAUUGCCCUAAUUAAAAUGGCAUCUACUUAAAGGGAAAAUACAACAUUUGCAAACAUCAAAAAACAAAACUUCCAAAUCAUUUUG